UAAUAUAGAUUUAAACAGUCAGUAUACUUCUAAGCAGAAGUUGGUGGCACUGACUGUGGGCUUUAUUUUCUUCUUCCCCAUCUCUUCCCAUCGUCAGUUCCUGUUUCCGUUUCUUUCAGAGAGGAGCCUCAUCAGGGUCAAGAUGGGGCGGCGUCCGGCUAGAUGUUACCGCUACUGUAAGAACAAGCCUUACCCCAAAUCCCGGUUCUGCCGUGGUGUCCCUGAUCCCAAGAUCCGUAUUUUCGAUUUGGGUAAGAAGAAGGCCCCAGUCGAUGACUUCCCCCUCUGUGUCCACCUCGUCUCUGACGAGUUGGAACAGCUGUCAUCAGAAGCCCUGGAAGCUGGUCGCAUUUGCUGCAACAAGUACUUGGUGAAGAACUGCGGCAAAGAUCAGUUCCACAUUCGUAUGAGACUGCAUCCUUUCCAUGUCAUCAGAAUCAACAAAAUGUUGUCCUGUGCUGGAGCUGAUAGGCUUCAGACUGGGAUGCGUGGUGCUUUUGGCAAGCCCCUUGGAACAGUUGCCCGCGUUCGCAUUGGUCAACCCAUCAUGAGCGUGAGGUCCAACGACCGUUACAAGGCCCAGGUCAUCGAGGCUCUCAGGCGUGCCAAGUUCAAGUUCCCUGGUCGCCAGAAGAUCUACGUGUCCAAGCGAUGGGGAUUCACCAAGUACGACCGCGAGGACUAUGAAAAGCUGAAGGCUGAUGGUACCCUCACCAAUGAUGGUGUCAAUGUUAAGUACAUGCCCCAGCAUGGACCCCUUGCUGCCUGGAAGAAGCUGCAGCUUGAGCUCGCAAGAGUUGCAUAAGUUGUAAUUGUUGUAUGCAUAUGACCAUCUUUAUGCAUUGUGAUAAUAAAUCCUCUUAAAAAUCA